AUGGUUGGCAUGGAUAAUGCAGUAUUGAAAGAAAAUGAGGAAUAUAGCCCGUAUAUUGAUCAGUGUCCGUUGAAAAUACUCGGAGGGCAAGAAGCAGCGAUUACCCAAGUUCCUUAUCAAGUGACCAGCAAAUUUGAGGAAUGUGAAUCUGUGAAACCGAUCCGUCUUUUGUCACUGCGAUCGCAUGAUAAUGUAAAAGUGAAAGAGCAAUGUUUAGUGUCGGGAUUCGGUUUAAAAGAGAAGGGUGAUUCAGGAGGACCAUUGGUAUGCCAUGGUGUUUUAGCAGGUAUCGUGGCGUGGGGAGGCGUAUGUGGAGUGCAUCCAGGUGUUUACACUAAAGUAUCAUAUUAUACGUCACAAACAAAUGUUCCAUUUAUAAAGACAGCUUCGAGUGAUCGACCUAGCUUCAUAUUGGUGACCUUUUUAGCAGUAUGUAGCUCGCUUUUGUAUGAAGGUAUGAAGGUUGUUUAA